AUGAGACUUCCACUGUCGAGAGAAACCGACCACACCUACUCGUCUGAAUCGUCUGAUUCGUCUGACGAUGAUGAGAUCUUUGAACCAGAAGAAGCCUCCAAACCUCUCUUUUACUUUUAUCCAACCUUUUCAUCCGGACACUCGGAACAACAAGACAAAAGCCUCAUCAUGGACAAUGGUUCUAAGGAGAAGAAGGAAGAACCAAAGUCAAUCAGAAUGAGCCUAACUCGGGAAGAAGAAUCAAUCUCAUCACAACAUGAUAAUCAUCUUACCUCAACGAUUCAUCACAAAAAUACAACAAAAACUAUAUGGCAACCAGCAGGAUGGAAGGACUCGAUAAAAAUUGAUUUCAUUCCAAAACAACAGAGAAAUGACCAUUCCAUUGUGAUUGUGAGUCGAUCGAUGAAUUUUCUCUCGAGAAGAGAAUUAUCCUUUGAAGAAUGGAGAACGGUGGCUAGUUUUCUCACAAAAUCGGUGGCUUUUCAGUCAUUGGCAGGUGUCAAUAGGACGAGUCGACUUGCAGUGUUGUCCUUGUUUUUUGUUCAAAAUCAGAAAUGUAUUGAGUGGUUUGUGGUGCGAUGGAUGAAAACUGAAAAAAGUAAUCUUAGGGGUGAGAAUUCACUGUUGCCAAAUGACAGAUUGAAAGACAUGUUACAUUUGUUGUAUGAUUGCAAUUUGUUUGAUUUGAAGAGUCAUGUUCAUCCUGAGGAACGAAUGCAUUCUCAAGAGGAUACGCCAAUUCCAAAUUAUUACUCAAUCACAAUUCUUGAAUGGGCUUGUCACUAUGGUUUUUAUUCAUUUAUUGAUCAGCUCAUUGAAAACCCAUUUCUUUUACCGAGUAUUUCAAUAAGCGAACGAAAUCAUUGUUUGGAUAUGGCGUUCAGCAAUACCAAUGAUGAAACUGCUAAGAGGAUGAUCAAACUGUAUAUAAGACGAAUUUCUGUUAAGAAAUCAUCUCCCAUACUCAUUUCAGAUAUUCUCCAACAUUGCUCCGAGUCAAAGACACCUGGAAUUGUUAUAGAUGUUUAUUCUUUCCUUCAAAGAGAACUCAGGAAAGCAGCUUUCUCUGAAAAAGAUGUCACCAACAUGUUGAACGCAUCGAUUGAUGAGUUUUUCUACGAGGAUCAUUUUGUAAAAUUACUCAAGAAGAAAGAUUUUGAAAGUGCUCUCUUUGUGCUUCAAAAGUAUCUGACUUUAAAGUACGACAAAAAGAAAAAAGGGAUAAAUGAUCCAUCCCUUUUCUUUUUGUCGAAUUGCUUUAAAGUUAUUUUGACUUUUACCUUUGAUGUGGAGUUAAUGUUAUGGCUGCUCAACACGUUGUCCUGUGAGCUCACUCAUUAUGUCGAGAACCCAAAUGCCAUCAUUUCAGAAAUUGCUCAUGAUUACAUGUUAAUAGCCAACACUGGGCUCUAUUGUGAAUAUAUCAGAAAAUACUCACACAGAGAUGAACAAAAGGAUAGAGAAUUAGUAGAAUCGUCUUUAGGAAAACUGUAUUCAAGCUACUGUUCUGAUGUUUUUUCACUCAUUGUACCAUCUUUUACAGCCUUUAAAAGAGCAUUACAAUCGGCCGAAGCGAAAACAAACUUAUUACUCUCAAUUUUUGAACCCUGGCUAAGCGAACACUAUCCAGAAGAGCUUGCUACCUUAUUAUAUAACACCUCAUCAAUAUUAGAAUCUGGUGACAAACGUUAUACGAAUCCGGAAUGCAAUUACGUCAAAAAAUUAUUCAACUCUCGCGUUCAGAUCAAACUUGCCGAAUUAUUUCUUGCUGAAAACAAGACAGAUUGGCCUCAACUAAUGUUUUGGAUACAAAGAUAUCAAUUCUUGUCUGACUUUUAUCAACCUUUCUUGAAAAAACUACAAACAGACGAUUCAUGGCUGAAUCAACUUUAUGAUCACAUCAUUUCAACAAUUUUACAUUCCUCAAACUUGAACAUGAUGAAAAACCAUUUGUUGGGUGUCGACGAGGAAGAUCAUUCUUCAUAUGAAGAAUAUAUGGAUGAUGAUGGAAAAAAGAAAUUACUCGAAAAUCGUCUCAUAUUCUUCAAUGAAGUAUAUACUACUGCAGCAGUUCUGAUGUAUUUAGGAAAAUUAGGAUUAAGCAAGCUAUUUCAAUUGGUUGCUGAAUAUAAGGCAGAUGUGAUCAACAGGUUUCCUCAAACCUUUCCAUUCGAAUACAAGUCAAUCAGUGACAUGAGGAAUAUUGAUAGAGUAGAUUUGCAGAAAGAUUUUCAACUAGUUUCACAUUCUACAACACUAUUAACUUUCAUCUUACAACAUUCAGUUUUAAGAAAAUACUUGAAUUUGUUGGCCUCAUUAUGGCCAACAUUUCCACUCCAAGAAAAUUCAUCGAAUACAUGCAAGGAAACGAAAUACUUUUUUCAAAGAGUGCGAUCGAUGUAA